GGAUGAGGAUGAGGAUGAGGGCGCCUGCAGACGAGGAGGAGGACAAGAUGUGAAUGUUGUUCAUGACUUUGUUGGACUUGGCUGUGACGCAAAGUUGCAUUGGAAGUAGAAAAUGACUUGUUGGCUCCUCCGACUAACUCUGCUGUUGACCUGCGUCCUCUCCGGCCGCGCCACGCCGGCGCCCAGCAGCGCCGCGGAGGGGGCGGCGCGCCCGGCCGCCACCCGGGAGAGCUGCGCGUCCUGCGGCGUCAGUCCCCCGCAGGACGCGGAGUCUGCAGGGCGGCUGGACGCGGACUUCGUGGCGGCGGUGAAGCGGCACAUCCUGAGCAGGCUGCAGAUGCGCCGGCGGCCCAACAUCACGCACCCGCUGCCCAAGGCUGCCAUGGUGACGGCGCUGCGGAAGCUGCACGCCGGGAAGCUGCGGGAGGACGGCGGGGUGGACAUCCCCGACUUGGACGGACACCCGAUGGCCAACGACGUCCUGGAGGAGAGCUCGGAGAUCAUCAGCUUUGCAGAAAAAGAUGAUCUGGUGACCUCCAAGUCCAGUUUGUUCUUUCUGAUCUCCAGCGAGGGAAACCAGAACCUCCAAGUGACGCAGGCGACCCUCUGGCUCUACUUUAAGCUGCAACCUCAGCCUCUGGAGGUGCGGUCCAGGCGCAAGGUGACGGUGAAAGUGUAUUACCAGGAACCGGGCCUUAGCAGCAAGUGGAACCUGGUGGAGAAGCAGGUGGAGCUGAAGCGGAGCGGGUGGCACACCUUCAUAUUGACUGAUGCUGUGAGGUUAGUGUUUGAGCAGGGCGACCGCCGUCAAAACUUGGACGUGCGCUGUGAGGGCUGUGAGGCGGGCGGCGUCACGCCCGUCCUCCUGAACCGCAAUGACGAGUCGCACCGGCCCUUCUUGGUGGUUCAGGCACGGCAGGUGGACGCCAAGCAUCGCAUUCGGAAGAGAGGACUGGAAUGCGACGGCAGCAGCAGCCUGUGCUGCCGCCAGCAGUUCUACAUCGACUUUCGACUUAUAGGCUGGAACGACUGGAUCAUUGCACCGUCGGGCUACUUUGGGAACUACUGUGAAGGGAACUGCCCCGCCUACAUGGCGGGUGUGCCCAGCUCGGCGUCGUCCUUUCACACGGCGGUGGUAAACCAGUACCGCAUGCGCGGGAUGAGCCCCGGCUCUAUGAACUCCUGCUGCAUCCCAACCAGACUAAGCACCAUGUCCAUGCUCUACUUUGAUGACGAGUACAACAUUGUCAAGCGGGACGUUCCCAACAUGAUUGUAGAGGAGUGCGGCUGCGCUUGAACGUCUCAGGCGGUCGUGGAGCUGACGGAGUGACCGUGUCCCAACCCAACCAUGUGGACGAUAAGUACACAUUCCUCGCCACAUUCCCACCAUGCAAUCGCGUAUACGCCUGUACAUAUAUUUAUGUUUGUUGAUGGACUGGCAUGGUUUUGUGCUGGGAGCGGAGCUUCGUCCUUGGUCAAGUUGCCGGCAGCCAAUCUUGUGGUAGAAUCACAGACUCCGACGACAACUGAAUAGCACUUGCAGAUUGAAAUGCCUUCCGUGAGCACUAGGUGGCGCCUCACCUAUCAAAAACACAAGUGCCGCAUGAGCUAUGCAAAAUAAGGUAUGACGCACACAGCAGACAAGCGACAAACUAUCAGCAAUACUUGAAAUGUAUGCAUAGUGAGUAGCGGGAGGGGCUCUCGCUGCCAUCUUAGCUGCCUCUGCUCAGCCCCGCCCCCUCCUGCCACUCUCGCCUCAGGGGGCGGGCCGGGGAUAUUUGCACUGACGAGCGGCAAGGCCUCCGACACGGGAAAACUCAUUUGAAAGUUAUUUUUGAUAGAAGUGUGUUCAAGGAACCAAAGAGGUUUACCAGUGUUGUCAUUGUAGGCCAAAACACGGUCAUGUGAUUCAUCAUCAUCAUCCUCAUCUUCAUCUCUGCCUAGAAGAUGUCUUAUUUUGUAAUACACUUUUUUCUAGUUUGCUUCCUUUUUUUGUAGCUUCAUUUAGAAAGAAGCCUGUGUGAUGUGUCACAUUUCUAUGU